AUGCUGCUGACUCAGCCCAAGCGGCCUCGUUGGAGUCAGUUCACGGGCUACGUCUGCGGCCUCUUCUACUGCGGCUUCCUGCCCAGCUUCUGGGUCACGCUGCGGUGUGGGCUGGCGACUACAGCCACCACGUCAUCCCCAGUGGCGCGGGUGUGGCCCGCCCUGCUGGGAGGGCCGGUGCUGUGGACCACAGGGCUGGUGGCCAUCUUCAUGGGCUUUGCGGGGGUCAUUGCUGCCGACACCGGGGCGUAUUUGGGCGGCAAGACCUUUGGCAAGACGCCUCUCAGUGAGCUGAGCCCCAAAAAGACAGUUGAAGGGGCGUUGUUUGGGCUGGCCUCUUCAGUCUCUGUGUCCGUCCUCCUCUCCCGCGCCUUCAGCUGGCCUGCCACACCUAUCAGUGCGGCGGUGCUCGGUGUGAUUGUCUUUGCUUCAUCUCUUUUUGGUGACCUGUUUGAGUCAGCUCUCAAGCGCCAGGCCGGAGUGAAAGAUGCUGGCUCUCUCAUUCCGGGACAUGCGGCCAAUCAGGGAAGUCCACGUCACGAGAUUGAGAUCUCCGAUUCGGAGACGCAGCCGCUGACGGGCCCGCGAACCGCCGGCGACGCCAGCGACCGACCAUGCGACAGCAGGGAUCGUCCUCCUCUCUCGCAAGCGCGGCGAGAAGUCAGGCGACACGACUACGUUCCUGCUCACAUCAACAGAGACAGCGGAGCCGCGAGGCUCGGAGGGAGGUCCGGCGAGAGGUUCGGCGAGAAGUUCGGCGAGGAGGGCGGGUUGCUGGAGACGCUAGGGCAGGAGAUAGUGGCAAUCGUGACGCCCGUGUCCAUCUGCAUGCUGCUUGUCGUCGCGCUCGUGCUCGCGCUCACCCCGCACGGCGCGUCCGUCACAACGCCCACCAUCGCAACGCUGGUGUAUCAGGAAGAGAGCACGGACGCGCCCUGGCAGCGGCUGUGGGGCGCGCUGCUGAACGCAGCAGCGAUGGUGGCGCUGGUGACAGCAGCCACAUUCGUGCUCGUGGGGCUGUUCUACUGCGGGUGUGCGCGCUGCAUCUGGGGCUACAUGGGCUUCUCGGGAUUCGUCAUCUUUGCCGGGCUGGGCGGCACUCUCGCAGUGCAGCUCAUUCAGGUGAGACUACAUAGGGCUGUGCUGGUGGUGCUAUGCUCAUGGGGCUGUGCUGGUGGUGCUAUGCUCAUGGGGCUGUGCUGGUGGUGCUAUGCUCAUGGGGCUGUGCUGGUGGGGCUGUUCUACUGCGGGUGUGCGCGCUGCAUCUGGGGCUACAUGGGCUUCUCGGGAUUCGUCAUAUUCGCUGGACUAGGCGGCACUCUGGCAGUGCAGCUCAUUCAGCACUCUGCAUGUGGGGCUACAUGGGCUUGGGCUGGUGGGGCUGUGCUGGUGGGGCUGUUCUACUGCGGGUGUGCGCGCUGCAUCUGGGGCUACAUGGGCUCCUCCGGAUUCGUCAUCUUUGCUGGACUGGGCGGCACACUGGCAGUGCAGCUCAUUCAGCGCUUCUCCAUACCCAUAGACAUCAUCACCUUCGCUCUCCUCGUGUACAACCUGUCAGUGGUGGGAGUGCUCGCAGUCUUCUUCUGCCGAAUGCCCAUCUUCCUCACGCAGUCCUACCUCGUCGCGGUCGGCGCCAUCGUCGCCUUCUGGUUCUCCAGCCUGCCAGAGUGGACCACGUGGAUGGUGCUCAUCGCCAUGUCGCUUUACGACCUCUACGCUGUUCUCACACCAGGCAAUCCCAAUUUCAGCACCUUCUGGUUCUCCAGCCUGCCUGAGCGGACCACGUGGAUGAUCCUCAUUGCCAUGUCACUCUACGACCUCUAUGCUGUCCUCACACCAGGUAUGUGGCAUUCUUCCUACACGUCUCAGAACGUCCCUGUGGGCCCCCUCAAGCUCCUACUAGACAUAGCCAUGGAGAGAGACGAGGACAUCCCUGCACUCCCCCAGUUUACUGUUUCGAUUCACCUCCUUCCAUCCCCCCCAUUGUCCUACCCCAUGGGUCCCCUCAAGCUGCUACUAGACAUAGCCAUGGAGCGGGACGAGGACAUCCCAGCACUCAUCUACGAAGCCAGGCCCCCACCCAUGCCCUUCGCCCCUCCUCCUCCCAUUCGUCCUCCUCCCCGCCUUCUCACUCCCACUCGCCCUCUCCCCUCCAGUCACUCGCUCCCCUCCGGUCCCACUCUCCCACUCCCCCCUCUCUCUCAUCCCACCAUGCCAACUCGCCUCGGCCAUCCCCCACUCUCCUCCUCCCCCUCCUCCUCCUCGUCCUCCUUCCCGCCCUCUCUAUCUCCCUCCACUGCAUCUAACCCCUCUCCAUCCGGCACCACAUUUCGGGCUACAAACAGCACAGCUGGCACUAGUAGCGCUCUCGUCCCUAACACAGCCCUGGGACAGGCGGAUGGGGGAGGAGGAAGUGGGGGGGAUGGGAUGACGGGUGGUGCGGUGGGGAGCGGUGCUUGUGGGUCAAGGAGAACGCGUGUGCGAGGCCAAUUUGAGCGGCGGUUGCAGCAGCAGGGCAGUGGUGCGAUUGGUGCUGCCAGUGGUGGUGGCAGUGGUGGUGGUGGCGGAAGGACCUUUGCUGGACAACUGAGUGCCUUUGUUGCUUCUGCUGCAGCCGCUGCUGCCACUUCUGCUCUGCGCCUCACUGCAGCUCAAGGGGGGGAUGAAAGGCUGGGAGGGGAGAGAGGGGAGGGGAGGAGGGGGAGGGGGGUAGAAGGCGGGGGUGAGAGAGAGGAAGGAGAGAUUGAAGGGAUGCCACUUUUAAGUCGAGGAGUGGCAAUCCCACCAGAUGGUGCAGGAGGAGGGAGGAGUGGAGGAGAGAGAGGAGGGGAGGGGCAGCAGAGGAGGAGUGGUGAGUGGAGCGAGCAUGCAGCAGACUUGAAUCGCGGGGGGAGUGGAGUGCUGCUUAACGAGGUGCCUUAUAACGGGGCGGUGGAUCAGUCGUCUGGUAGCAGGAGCCGCCCGGGAAGCAGCAGAGGGCGGCGGGGAGGGGAGAGCGGGCGAGCAGGUAGCUCUAGGGUAGGGAGAGUGGGUCGCACACUUUCCAUGCCGUCUCCCAAGCAAAGCGGAUUGGUGGAAGGAGGAGGGAGAGGGAGAGGAGGGGGAGUGGGGGGGAGUGGGGAGGAGGAAGCAGUGGCGCCUGUGGUUCGAGUGAGUUUGGCUCAUGGGGAGCGUGUAGAGGCAGAGCAGAUGGGUUUCCACACUCUGUUGCUGAGGGUAGCAGUCGCCCGCAUAGCUUGCUUGGGUCUGGUGGGUGGGGGAGCAGAGGGGAUUGUGAGGGGAGUGGGGGGUGGUCAGCUGACUUGUCCUCGGUUCGUGUGGAGGAUCUGA